AUGGAUACCAUUCCUAACAAGGAUGUACUUUCUGAUUACAGACGAAACGAACAACAAGAAAUGUUGAUAGCUGUUCCAUUGGACUUGUCAUUUAAAAAAGCAACCACAAUGAAUGAAUUGGCAGGUAAACGGCCACAAGCGGUACGGACGGGUAAAGUACCAUUACGAACAUCUGCAGAUCGUUUUAUAACAUGUUCAUUAUGGUUAAGCAAUAAUUUAUUAAUUUCAAUGGAGGGAUUCGAAAACCUUGUGCGCAAACUUCUCGACGAACCUGCACACCUUAGCUGGCUUGAUCUUUCCUAUAAUGAAAUAAGCAGUAUCGGUGACGAUAUCGUGCAUUUCCCGAAUUUGAAAAUAUUCUAUUUACACGGAAACAAUAUUUCGGAUAUCAAUGAUGUUGUGAAACUGAAAGGUUUACACAAUCUUAAAUCUUUAACAUUGCAUGGAAAUCCUAUUCAACAUCUUCUGGAUUAUAGGGGAUAUAUCGUUCAUAUUCUUCCACAAUUGACAACGAUAGACUUUUCGCCAGUACUUUCAGACGAAAGGAAAAAAGCUGCACCUGUUGGUUUUCGUAAAAUGAUACACAGUAGUACAUGA